UCUAUAGUUUCCUCAUUCUGGGUCUCUCCCUUUGGGGGACCUUGUGUGAAGUGUCCGACUGAGAGUUUUUUCCAGGCUCCUCUGUGAGGUCUUAGUUUAGGGGUUGCUCUGAGACCUUCUCUUGGGUCUCACAGUCUAGGCAUCUCAAUCUAGAGACCCUUCUUGGGGGCCUAGGCCUAGGAAUAUGAGGUGUGGAGGGUGGUGCUUUAACAAGAGUCUUGAGUUUGGUUUUUGUUUUUGCAAAGUCCUGGAUUCUAGCAGGACUAAGGGACAAGAGCCAGGGAUCUCAAGUGCGUGGGCCUGCCUGGGUCCCUGCCCUGCAUAGCUGCAUAAUGCCCUGCCCUUUGCCGCUUCCCAUCUCCUCCCCCUUGAGAAGGCAGAGCUAGCGGAUGGGCCCAGAACUUUACUUGCCCCUGACACCAGAUCCAAGAUGUCCAGUCCCCUGGAGCAGGCACUGGCUGUGAUGGUCACCACCUUCCACAAGUACUCUGGCCAAGAGGGUGACAAGUUCAAGCUGAGUAAGGGGGAGAUGAAGGCCCUUCUGCACAAGGAGCUGCCCAGCUUUGUUGGGGAGAAGGUGGAUGAGGAGGGCCUGAAGAAGCUGAUGGGCAAUCUGGAUGAGAACAGUGACCAGCAGGUGGACUUCCAGGAGUAUGCUGUUUUUCUGGCUCUUGUCACUAUCAUGUGCAAUGAGUUCUUCCAGGACUCCCCAGACCGGCCCUGAAGCAGAGCUCUUGCUUUGCUGUGGGCCUCUUGGACCCACGGGGACUCUAGCUAUCCUUUGUACUCAAUAAACUUAUCUGUUGAUCAUA